ACCCAACCGCACCCCUGGCUCCUUGGAUAGUAGUAACGUUACCAACACGACGAUGACCCACGGACCUUACUAUAACUUCUUGAAUAACUUAUUCAUUUCUCGAUAGCUUCUACUAUAAAAUAGUAGUCAUAGUGCGGGUCUUAUCAUUUUCAGGCUACCAUUUGUCAUAGCUUUUCAAGAAUCGUUUUGACUUGGUAGGUUAUUAGAAUGUUUUGCCGAAAUCAGGUGUCGAGAACCACGGUAGCAAGGGGGUCAGCAUUGGAUCUGGAAAUACGACGACGGGGGCAUUUCAACACUCUUACGGACACGGCACAGGAUGGUGAGGUGCAGCGUCAGAUAGACCGCGAGGUGCGGAUGCGUGAGGGGGCCAGUAAGCUGCUGGCUGCGUGCUCCCAGAGAGACCAGGCUCUGGAGGCCUCCAAGAGCCUGCUCACCUGCAACACCCGCAUCCUGGCCCUGCUCAGCCAGCUGCAGAGGAUGAGGGAGGCCCAGGUCCUGCAGAGAGUAGGCCACAGGUCCUGUAUUGGUGGGUCACUGGAUGAGAGGCUGCCCUGCAUGGGUCAUGUGGCCAUCUCAGACCUGCGUAUCCCACUCAUGUGGAAAGACUCAGAGUACUUCAAGAGCAAAGGAGAGCUGCAUCACUGUGCUGUGUUCUGUCUGCUCCAGUGUGGCAGAGAGAUCUAUGACACAGACCUGGUGAUGGUGGACAGGAAUUUGACUGACAUCUGCUUCGAGGACACCAUCAUAUUUAAGGAGGCGAGCCCGUGCUUUGAGCUCCGUGUGGAGCUGUACAGUACCUGUGUGGUGGAGGACUUCUCUCCGGGCCCAGGGGCACUAGGACCCAGGAGACAUAACCGCCUCAGCAGCUCCCUGGGCUGCACCUCUGGGAGGAGGAUCAGGGCAGCUCUAGAGUCUGCAGCCUGUGGUACCAUACCCAACGUAGAGGGAGGUGAUGGAGGAGAGUCUCCACCACCUCUGCUGCCUGCUCUCUGUACAGAGGGGCCAAAGUAUCACCUUCUGGCCCACACCACACUGACAAUAGCACAUGUUCAGGACAGCUUCAGAACACACGACCUGUCCAUAUCAGCCACAGAGGACAGUGCAUUCUGGCUGCCUCUCUAUGGCAGUGUGUGUUGCCGUCUGGCCGCCCAGCCUCUCUGUAUGACCCAGCAGGUUAUCAGCGGCAGGAUCAAGCUUGAGAAGGAGCCUGAGUGCUGGACCGACAUCUACGGUGUCCUCAAAGGGACAAGUCUUAUCUGUUACCACAGUCAAGAGAGCAUGGUUGCCCAAGAGGAGCCGUUAUUCACCAUCGCCAUCAACAAGGAGACCCACAUCCAUGUGUCCGAGAGAGGGCCUCUACACCAUACCCAGAGUAUAUCCAUCAGCACACACACCCGAGGUGACGAAGCUGUCACACACACUCUGGUCACACACACACCCCAGGACACACAGCGCUGGAUGGAGGCCUUCUGGCAGCACUUCUAUGACAUGGGUCAGUGGAAACAGUGUUGUAAUGACCUGAUGAAGAUCGAGGUACCCUCUCCUAGGAAAUCCCAUUUGGUCACAGCGAAGCAGGGGUCACUUUACCACGAAAUAGGUGAGAGUGUGGUAAUCCAGGAUAACUCUGUCUGCUGAAGUGUGGGCCUGAUCUCCUCUUACUGUAACCACAGGUGGGCCUUCACCAAUAAAGGCAAACAAAGGAAAGGAGGGGUGCUCAACAACGAUGACAAAUCAGGAGCAGGAUUUACCAAGAAAAACUUCCAAAGGGACUCAAGGCAGAAAGUUGGAGCACUCAACAAAAAAAAAGCAGAGAUUGAUUUAUUUCAGCUCACUUUAAGCCAUUGUAUAGGAUGCAAACAGGUGACUAAGGUUCUGAUGUCAAGCUGAAGUCUUCCUCAAGAGUGGCAACUCUUGAAUUUCAAUGCAAUAAAAGUUCAUUGUGUGACUGCCUGUUGACCUAAUGUGAGAUACGAUAGAUAACCUGCUGUCUUAUGCUUCUCAACCCAGUCAUUAACACCAGGAAUACAGGAAGUAUCACAUUCUGAACGCUGUUUACCCUCAUUGACAUAUUCCGAUGAAGGAAAUCUAUAGUUAGAUCAGAUGUGUCAAGAUUGUUUUUGUUUGUGUAUUGUAUACGUUUGAUUACAUUUUCACACCUUUUCUUGCCAUAGAUUGAGGUGUCACAUUGCAAGGCUGUACAGAGGUGUUGACAGCCUCAUUUCCAACUAUGAGACCAAGCGAGUGCAGCAGUGCAAAUCUACAUGUAGUUGAGCAAGCAAUCUCAGUCAGAAGAGCGUGGUGCCAACACCACCAAGGCUCAUGGGUUAAAAAAAUAAAAAUAAACUGUACAAAAUAACAAAGUGGGUACAAAACCCGUCGCACACCAACACUAAAUAGCACAUCACAUACAAUCAAAACAAUCGCUGACAAGGACAUGAGGGGGAAACAGAGGGUUAAAUACACAUGUAAUUGAUGGGAUU